GUUAUGCUUAAAUUUUAUUACAGGUGUAAAUUCACUCUAAUUUUUAAACAAACAGAGUGAUCUGUUUUGCGUAAAAUGUGAUUUGUUGCGCACUUGUAAGACGGAGACAACAAAUGUCCGUGUUCGUACUGUUCGUAGUAGUCGUGUUAUCUACAUCGCGUCGUGGACUGUAGAGAGGGGAUCCUUGACUGACGAUCGAAUGCGCCCGCAUUGCAUUUCCAUUUUCCAAUAAUUAACAUUUUACCUCGGCCGUUGUUGUUCUUUGCCAUCUAGGCAACUAGGCAACUAGGCAGUAGGCACUACAGCUGCACUAGGCGAUAGCCUGCUGCCGUUCAGGCGUCGUUAUUCAGUAAUCGGUAAUCACUAAUCAGUAAUCAGUAUUCACUAUUCACUUUAUAGGCACCACUCAGACUACUGUAUCGAGUACUCACACUUCACAGCUGCAGUCGUAUGAGUGGAAUAUUCCUAGUUUUUCGACUUCUCAGUUCUCAAAAUCUCAACUCUCGUUGAUCAGUUUCAGAGUAUAUUCUAUAUUCUGUACUACUGUUGUAGCCUGUUGAGCGUGCACUCUUCAAAGUAUUUAACGACUAUAAUUCAUAGGAAUUUUAAAAUUAAAUAGAUGUUUUAACUUAUUUUUUAUUUAAUAUAAAUUUGUUGGCUAUUAAACCUAGUUAAAAAUGAUUGAACAAAUUAGUGAAGUUCAAGUAUUAGAUACUUGUCAGACAGUAGUAAGUCAAUCUAAAGAUGUGAAAAUUAUUUCAUCAAACAUUCCAAAAUUGGCUCUAAAGAUAUAUAAAUUAAUAGAAGAAGAAAAGUUAACUCUUGAUGAGUUUAAAAAAUGUCCAUUACAUCCAAAAAAUGAAGACGAAGAAGCAAUUAACUGGAUAUUUGUUGUUGAUUCUUUAAACUUUUGUUUUUUUGAUCCAAACAAUAAAUCACAUUGGACUGUUACAUGGAAAAAUGAAAAAUACACAGGCUAUUUUGGUUUAUGUGCUGCCAUCAAUAGAGCUAUAGAAAAAGGCAUAAAAAUGACUGAUAUGAAAACUUGUUCGAAAUUAACAAGAGACCAAUUGGAUGAAAUACUUUUAGGAGAUGAUGGAACUACUCUUCCACUAUUACAAGAAAGGUAUUUGUGUUUACAACAAUCUGCAAAUAAUUUACUAAUAAAAUAUAAAGGAAAUUUUGUGAACUGUAUAUUAGAAGCAAAUCAUUCUGCUCAGGAUUUGUUAAAAAUCAUUUCUAAAAACUUUCAUCAUUUCCGAGACGAAUCCAUUUAUAACAACGAAAAAGUUGCUAUUUAUAAAAGAGCUCAAAUUUUGAUUGCUGAUAUUUGGUCAUCGUUCAGGGGUACUGGUUUUGGUGAAUUUCAUGACAUAGAUACUAUAACUAUGUUUGCAGAUUAUAGGGUCCCUCAAGUUCUAUUAUACUUUGGUGUUUUGGAAUAUUCAGAUAAAUUAAAAGAUACUCUCAAACAAGGUAUUCUUCUUAAGCAUGGAGCACCAGAAGAAGUGGAAAUCAGAGCAGCUUCUAUCGUAGCAGUUGAUGGAGUUGUAAAGGAGGUGAAGAAAUUAAUGGCAAAAAAUAAUAUACACAAGACUUGCAAUUCUAUUAUGGUUGAUACCUAUUUAUGGGGUUACCGGAGAGAAAAUGCUGACAUUUUGGAAGACACACCAUAUCACAAGACAUUAAAUAUUUAUUAUUAAAAUACUAUGUAUUGAGUAAAUGCUCUAUGAAAAUUGUUUGUACAUUUUCAUUUUUAAAAUAACAAGACAAAUAUUAUAUUAUUUGGAAUUUUUAUAAAUUGCAUGAUAUUUCAA